CUCCGCAGUGAUUACUUCACACACAAAGAAGGAGUCCUCCCUCCUCAGGAAACUCUGCAAGUCCGGAUCGCUACUACAAGAACAUUUGUCUCAGUGGAUUAUCCUCACUGUCAGGAGCCCAGCCAGAAUGAAACUAGUGCACGUAGCCCUGCUCUAUCUCGGCUCUGCGACCUUCUUCGGGGUGGAUGCUGCAAGGGUGGACGUAGCGACAGAGUUCAAAAGAAAAUGGACGAAAUGGGCACUGAGCCGAGCCAGGCGGGACGUGAAGCCUUCGGGCGCGCUGCGGGGGCUGGGGGCAGCCGCCGACGUGCAGCCGCUCAUACGGACCCAGGACGUGAAGGAGGAUCCCCGAGUCUCGCAUCCCAGCAGCCGGGAGGAUGCUCUCAUCCGCGUCAAACGCUACCGCCAGAACAUUAACAGCUUCCCCCACUUCCAAGCCAUCCGCACGGGGUGCCGGUUCGGGACGUGCACGGUGCAGAAGCUGGCUCACCAGAUCUACCAGCUGACCGACAAGGAUAAGGACGAUGCUGCCCCCGCCAGCAAGAUCAGCCCCCAGGGCUACGGCCGCAGGCGGCGCUCCCUGCCCCAGCGCCGCAGCCCGACGCGCUCCCCCCAGCCCGGGCGGCGGCCCCGGCCGCGGCGGGCGCAGCCCCUCGCCCCCCUCCUCGGGGUCUGAGCGCCGCCCCCGCCCCCGCCGAGGCCAGCUCGGAUGGAUGGACUGAGGCACGGACGCUCCGGAGCUCCGCCGCCGAUCGGGAGCCGCCGCCAGGAUUCGCGGAGAGGCGCCUGUCCGGGCGGGACCCCGGCACAGGCCCUCCGGGCGGCGGAGCGGCGGGCCGCGCCGCCGGGGCCCCCCAGGGCGAGGGGGCGGCCGGUCCCGCGGUCCCCGCCCGCGCCCGGCGCGGAGAGACGGCACGGGGAAUCUGUGAAGGCCGCGUCCCGCCGGGGACGCGCAGGGGCUGCUCCCCCCGCCCGCCGCCGCGGCGAGGCGGUCACUGACUCUCUACCCUCCCCGGGCGACGCGCCGCCGGCUCCCGCGCCCGCCGCCGCCUGGGACUGGGACUGUGGGACUGGGACUGGAAGGCGCCCGAGCCGUGGCCGACAGAGGCGCCGCUGCCCCGCCGGCCGCCAUGUCGCCCCCCGCCCCGUCGCGGCGCCCGGGGGCGGGGGAGUGGCGGCCGUUCCUUGCCGGGGGGCUGCGCUCCGAGCGGCCCCGGCUGCCCCGGGAGGGGCCUCCCCCGCUGCUCGCAAGUGUCGCGGGGUGCGCGGUCAGCUCUCGGCAAGGACAGGUCCCCCGCAUCUGCUCUACCCUCUGCGUUAUCUGCACCCGGCAGGGAAUCGGACACUCACUAGUCCCCGCGGGGACUGCAAUAUACUUGAACGUCACAGCGAGGAAAAGUGCAAUUGUACGUGGUUUUUGUUAAUUAUAAGUGCGGUGUGUGUGGAUCAUGAGAUACGUAUCGAUAUUUAAGAUUGUCUUGUGUCGUGUCCUGUUUGUAUCUCUUUUUGGAAAAUAUAUUUUAUUUUUAUACGUUUUGUAUAUAUAUAUAUAUAUAUUGCAUAAGGGCAUUUUAAAACAUUGUAUCCCCUCUAUUUUUCAUAUCGUGAAUGUCAAACAUUAAACUCUUUUUCCAUACCUUUUUUAAUCUUGCAUUCCAGACUGGUGAAAGAUGUAGAGAAUGUAUCAGCUGUUCUCCAUGGGUAAUAUGUGAAAUAAAAUAAACACUAUUACAUAAAA